AGAUAUUGUUGACAAUUCAUUUUCAAAGUAUCUUGUAUAGAAAAUUCUGUAUAUGAAGAUAAAAUGGAGGUAGAAGAGCUCAAUAAAUAUUUUGACAGUUGUAUCCACAAAAUCACAAACCACCACAAGAUUCUCCGCUUGGAUGGAUUAACCGAGUACCACGAUGCACUUUCUGAUCACUAUCCACUUUAUGAUACUUCAGAAUUUUCAUAUGAAAACCGGCUCCUCUUGGAUAUAAAAAUAUUGACUGGAACUCUUGCUGAUGAAUCAGAAAUGAAUAGGCUGAAGGUUACUGAAAUUUUUGUUAAAUAUCUGGAAAAGAAUGCUGUCACAGAAAGUCAUUUAAUUUAUAUCACAACAGCCAUUCAUUCAAGAAUUUGUCAGAAUUGUGAAGAAAGUGAAGAUGUCCGUAAAGAGCUUUUAGUUGUCAUCAAGUUAAUCAUAAAUAAAUUUGGCAUGUCCAUAUUGCCAUAUAAAGAUGAUUUGUCCUCUAUCUUUCUACAAAUGCUCACUGAAAAAUCUCCAGACAAUCUGAAAGUUACCUGUGAGUGCAUAACUGCCUUUUUUAAUACUCUCAAAGCUAGAGCUGAAUGCAAUCCUGACUUGAUCAAAGGUUUGAAGAAAGUUUCAUUUCAUCAACGCUAUAGAGUUCGGGAAGCUGCACUGGUGGCACUUGGGUACAUUGGAACAUGGAGCAGCAGCAAUAAUAUCACCGAGGUCAUGCAGUGUAUGGCGCAGCACUCUGACGACAUCCCACACAUCCGUAUUGCCAUUAUCAAGAUAACAGCAAAAAUUUCCAUGGAAAUGCUUGAUAGAUACUCAUUCUGGCACUAUAUUCUUCCUUGCUUAUUGCUAUGGCUAAGAGACUCAGAUCCAGGCACUCGAGAAGCUGCUGUACAGCAAUUCAGUGCCGUGGGCGAGCAAUACAUCAAGGAGAAUGAGGAAGCCUUGCAGCAAGAGCUACAAUAUGACGUGCCACCUGCCAGAUACCCUCCCAAUUGUGGGGACCGCCUGAACUUGGGUUGCCGUAUACUAGCUCAAAAUGUCCUCCACAAACUCUUACCUGGUAUAGCCGGCGACCUGCAAGACUGGCAAAGCUGCAGCAGAGUGGCCACGAUGAAGCUCUUAUCAGCCUUGGUCUUAAUGGGCGAACUUAAGCUCCAGCAAUACGCCCAGUCUAUAAUUACGUUGCUGAGCCGUGCUCUGAAAGACUCCGAGGUCCAGGUUGUUGCAGAGGCGUGUGUUUGUGCCGAAAAUCUUGGCUACUUUCUGUUGCCCGACGCAUCGAUGCCAGUUGCUAUUGAUAUACUGCGGUCAAGCAGUGAGAUCCCAAACAACAGAUCCGGAAAAAUUCUUCAGCUUCUCUGCAUAGGAUGCCUGUCUUCUGAGCUGUCGUCCCAUGUCCCUGACAUUGCAUCGGCUAUAACGAACUCUCCGUCGUUGCUGUGUUCUGAUGUCGUUGUACAGGACGAUAUUCUUGCCCUCGUACAACUGUUGCUUCAUAAAGAAUGUGUUCAUUGCCAAGAAUCGUGCAUUAAAAAGUAUCGUCUUUCAGAAAAAUCGCAGUGUUUGAUUGAAGUGCAGAAAAUUGAAUCUAUAGAUCAUGGUAAAAUUGAGCUGGAUGCGAUGAAGUGUACUACACUUGACGAAAAUUCCGAAAGUGGAACCGAAAGAGAAUCGCAAAGCGAAAUUAUUGAGAUGAAUGGAGAGACUACAUUAACUGAUAUCGAAUCUGGGUUAGAAGAAGCUUGCCUUGAUGGAACCCCUGCUACCAAAAAUACUGUAGAAAGGAGUGCUGCUGGGAACGUUUUGCGAGAUAUUGAAAUGAAAGGAUCUUCACAUUCUCCAAAUAAUACUUCUACUGAAAACGAAAGCUCUCGCGAUGAAUUAUCUAAUUCUAGUCUUGGUGAUCGCAUUGUUGGGAAUAAAAGUCUAGUUGAAGAAAUUUCUGAUAAAUACGGUACAGAAAUUGACGGUCAAACAGAUGCUUCUUUGCCGUGUUUAAAUUUUUUGAAAAUCUUGCUUUGCGUCGUUGGGUCGAACUUGUGUCACGUCAACGUAGCAAAAGCUCGCGAGAUUCUUCAUUUACUUGCGGAGGCUUGCGUAAAAGAUACCAUGAGUCACGACCCACCAAGUUUAUCUACUGAAACUGGAAAGAAACCUGCCUCCUCUGAAGUGGUUCUUCCCACUGAAAGAUCUCACCGUGACGCGAAUUUCGUUUCUUCCGUUACAAAUUCCAAUGGUGUAAAUCAGCCUAUGGAUAUUAAUCGAUCAGCAUCAUCUUCAACGGACUCCAGUAAUUUAUCAUCAGUCGAAUUAUUUAUCGAACGUCACGCCAGUGCUCUCCUGGAUGAAUUUUUGGAAACUUGUGAAAUUUGGACUCCGGAAGAUCCGUGUUUCCUCUUGGCCAGCGCCUUCUUCCAGCUUUCCGGUGGCAGGACGAUGAUGGCUCACCAGACGCGCGUGUGUCGUGUUUACUGUCAGGCGUUCAGAGCAAAAGCGGACAGCCUGGUCCUCGUACGGCUCUUGGGCGUCUUGGAUGGCAGCCUCAGCCUCCCCGGCGGCCAACAUCGUCUUGCUUUCAUUGCACAAAUGCUUCGUGACUGGAUGUGCGAGCUGCUGACGAGCGGGCGGCGCUCUCGAGAAGCGCAGCUGCUGAGGAGCGGCGCCCUCGAGACCCUCAGCAACGCCCUCGCCGCCGCCACCGCCGCCGCCGAGGGUAGAAGUCAUCCAGAACAUCCGUCAGCUUCUAAACCAGAUCCUGUACACGAGUCUUUAAUGCUCGCGUUGCGGCCGGUCCUGGAGGCAGUACCCGGGAUGCUGUACGAUGAUUUACUGGACACCCGAGUUCAUGCCUUGCGACUGGUGCAAUGCAUUGCUCUGCACUACAACGGUGCACUGCACCAACACUGCGCUCUCACUGCACUCGCUAAAAGUGUGCUGGAGCGACUUGACGACAAAGUGAGACACGUUCGCCUCCUGGCCGCUAGUGCACUUUGUGCUCUGCUGUCAUAUGCCAAUCAAUUUAAUAACUCUGAGGAAAGUAAUUCCUCUGGUGAAUACUCAAGAAGUAUUGAGGAAAUAUCAAACGCCUCUCAAUAUAAUGACCAAGGAAAUAGCGGGUUGCCCAACGAACCUGUAAAUGAAAGUAUGGAAAAUGUAGACCUUGGCAUAACUUUGAGUGAUCACUGCAACGGAAAGUGCAGCUUAGGAGAAGUAGACCAAGAAAUAAAUGCGAGAAAUGCAAAUUCCAAGGACAUGGAGAGCAUGAAUAGCUCGGUAACUUUGAAGGGAAGCGACGGUGUCGCCGGACAACGACUUGCCAAGAACUACGCUGAAUUUUGGCAGGAAAUUGAAAAAUCUUUGGAUCGCUUGGCUAUUUUUCUCGAUGAUCCUGAUGAUGUCUUGGCAUUUGGGGUCGCCGAGUGCUUCAAGAAUCUGCCUUUCAAGGAGUCUGUGACUGCAGCUCUGCAGAAUCUGCAGCAGAGGCAGCACAUCACGAGACACUGUCCCCUCAUCGCAGCAGAGCUGCUCGCAAAAAUUACAUGAAGUCGAUUUCAUUAGUGACUACAUCACAUGAAAAAAGUUCAUUACAGUUUAUAUGAAUUGUACCUAGAAGUUUAGCACAGCACUGCCGCACGGUACAAAGUAGAUACAUUUUUUUCUUGCCUAGUAGAUAUUGUCUAUGCAAUAAACGAAGAUAAUAUGUAGAAAAACUGACGAACGUUCUGUGUUACCAACAGUGCUAGCCACCAAACGUUUAUUGGUUUGGACUGUUCUUCAAUUAAUGCAGUUCGAAUAACAUUGAAUGAUGCGUCUACUUUGACAACCAAUAAUGUACAAGCAUUAAUCAUUUAACGUGGCACAGACGUAAACUAUUAUAACGCAGGCUCUAACGCUCUACGGUAUGCAACCAUAAAGCAUUAAUAAUGCAAUGAACUCAAGGCCUGAUUAUGCAAUGACUUUUCGUGAUUAUGUAAUGACUUUUCGUAAUAAAACGUAACGUUUAGUGAUGCCCAGACGCAGAGUUUUGUGAUGCACAGACGCAGAGUUUAGUGAUGCACAGAUGCAGAGUUUAGUGAUGCCCAGACGCAGAGUUUAGUGAUGCACAGAUGCAGAGGUUAGUGAUGCACAGACGCAGCGUUUAGUGGUGCACAGACGCAGCGUUUAGUGACGCACAGACGUUUUGUAGUGACGCACAAAGAAAACGAGAUAUUUUAGACGCGAUUGUGGUCUUUACCACUUGUUACCAGACCCCGGAAAAUACCGGAUUACUUCCAUGCGUGACGCUGCUGUGCUACUGCUGCUGGUCUACACUAGUGUCAUUAGGUUGCGUUUUUGACCGAUGAAUUUUUCGCUUGCGGAAAAAAAAUUUUAUUAAAACUGCCAAACCUUCUCGAAAUUCAUGACAAUGCAGACUCUGAUGAAAAUAACUUUGUAGGAGUUAACCUUAAGAUAUUUUUUAAUAUGCAUGCUGUAAUAUCUCUUAUUUUCGUAGAUCGCCUUGUUUGUGACUCGAAAGUCAGUGGCAUAUAUCAGUCAUAGAAGAAAAUCUAUUUCGUUUUCAACAGCAGCGUUUGUUUACGAAUUAGAUAAUUUAUGCGUUGGUCAGUUUACUUGGUCCAGCGCAUGCUAUUCUACGAUGUGCUGUAUUUUUACCUUAUUGAAUUACCGUACUUUUUCACCGGUAUUCAUUGUAGCCUUCGUAUAAAAUACGUUUGGAAAUUAGCCUCGAAACUUGAAUAAAUCUUUAUUAAA